ACAAGACAUUUUCAGCGAGAAAUGACCACCACCACCACUGUAACAAGAAACCAACCUCUACCGAGUUAUUUGCAGUUUUUAUUCGGAGGCUUGAGCGGCAUAUGUGCAACUCUGAUCAUUCAACCUUUUGAUUUGCUAAAGACAAGACUGCAGCUUUCUGGGGAAGGAGGAAGACCUGCAGACCAUCGAGGGUUUUCCAGUGCUGUCGUGACUAUAGUUCGCAGAGAAGGCUUCUUUGGAUUGUAUCAAGGAUUAUCUGCUGCUCUAUUGCGUCAAGUGACAUACACAACUACCCGUUUAGGAGUUUUUGGAGUCGUAAAAGAACAGUUAUCAACACACUCUGGAGGUUCUCCUGCUUUUCAUCUCAAGGUGAUAGCUGGUCUUACAGCAGGUGCUUGUGGAGCUCUUGUUGGGACUCCAGCAGAUGUUGUCCUAGUCCGAAUGACUGCUGAUGGACGUCUUCCAAUUGAACAGCGUCGUGGUUAUAAACAUGUAUUUGAUGCUUUGAUAAGAGUUGUUCGCGAAGAAGGCGUGAUAACGUUAUGGAGAGGUUGCGUACCAACAGUAGGGCGUGCCAUGGCUCUGAAUGCAGCACAAUUGGCAAGUUAUGAUCAAGCAAAAGAAGUUAUUAUUGAUACAGAACUUCUAAAAGAUGGAAUUGCUGCACAUAUAAGUGCUUCUACAAUAUCUGGUCUCAUUGCCAGUUUAGUAAGUCUUCCAUUCGAUGUCGCCAAGACUCGAUUGCAAAAUAUGGAAACUAGCAAAGGGCCUCCUUAUAAAGGAAUGCUGGAUUGUAUAUGGAAAACAACAAGAUAUGAAGGCUUGUUUUCUCUUUGGAAGGGUUUCAUUCCCUAUUUUUUACGACUUGGACCACAAACAAUAUUUACUUUCAUCUUUCUUGAACAGUUUAAAGCUGCAUACUUCAAUUAUAUGCAAAUGCCUCCUAAAAAUUAUCGUAUUUAAAAUAAAUAUCAAAAAACACUA